ACUUCCGGCUCCAGCCUCCCAACCGGCCUCCGUCGCUCUCCACUUCCCUCUUCUCAGCUCUUUUACCUUGCUCCUACUGUCUCCUUUAACAGUCACGUGAGGGAUGCGCGCGGGGGCAGCUGGGAGUAGUACUGCCGGUUGGUCAGCGUUCGGCCUCAACAUGGCGGUUCCGGCCGGGCAGUGACCAAGGUUUUGCCGUCCGAAGGACUAAGUGGUGACUCUCGGCGUCCACCUAUCGAGGUGGAAUGCGAGCACGCGGGGACGAGCGCUGAGGAUCGGCGGUGACGGGAAGGGGGGGUUCAGUGGAUUGUGCCCCAGAAACCGAAGCGGCGGCGUCUGUUCCUUCUACUUGUCUCUAGGCUCCAGUGCGUUGGGGGCCCCGCCCGGCCGGGCCAGGCCGGCGGGCGGCGGCGGUAGCUGCUGCAGCCGCAGGAUCACCUCUCAGGGUGGGCCGGAGGGCCGGCGCCGCCGCUGCUUCUGACGCGGCGAUGGCCCAGUGUGUACAAUCAGUGCAGGAGCUAAUCCCGGACUCCUUCGUCCCCUGUGUCGCUGCGCUGUGCAGCGACGAAGCCGAGCGGCUCACUCGUCUCAAUCACCUUAGCUUCGCGGAGCUGCUUAAGCCCUUCUCCCGCCUCACUUCCGAGGUUCAUAUGAGAGAUCCUAAUAAUCAACUUCACGUAAUUAAAAAUUUGAAGAUAGCGGUAAGCAACAUUGUCACCCAGCCACCUCAGCCUGGAGCCAUCCGGAAGCUUUUGAAUGAUGUUGUUUCUGGCAGUCAACCUGCAGAAGGAUUAGUAGCUAAUGUGAUUACAGCAGGAGAUUAUGACCUUAACAUCAGUGCCACUACUCCAUGGUUUGAGUCUUACAGAGAAACCUUUCUUCAGUCGAUGCCAGCAUCGGAUCAUGAAUUUCUGAACCACUAUUUAGCAUGUAUGUUGGUAGCGUCAUCUAGUGAAGCUGAACCUGUGGAACAGUUUUCAAAGUUGUCACAAGAACAGCAUCGAAUUCAGCACAACAGUGAUUAUUCCUACCCCAAGUGGUUUAUACCAAAUACACUUAAAUAUUAUGUACUUUUACAUGAUGUAAGUGCAGGAAAUGAACAGAGAGCUGAAUCAAUUUAUGAAGAAAUGAAACAGAAAUAUGGAACUCAGGGUUGCUAUUUACUUAAAAUUAAUUCUCGAACAUCUAAUCGAGCAUCAGACGAACAGAUACCAGAUCCUUGGAGUCAGUAUCUCCAGAAAAAUAGUAUUCAAAACCAGGAAUCAUAUGAAGAUGGCCCUUGUACUAUAACUUCAAAUAAGAAUUCUGAUAAUAACUUGCUUUCAUUGGAUGGAUUAGAUAACGAAGUCAAAGUAGAUGGCUUACCAAAUAACUUUAGAGCUCACCCACUUCAGUUGGACCAAUCCAGUGACCCUUCUAACAGUGUUGAUGGCCCAGAUCAUGUAAGAUCUGCUUCAUCGUUACAUGAAACAAAGAAAGGAAAUACUGGAAUAAUUCAUGGUGCAUGUUUAACACUUACUGAUCAUGAUAGAAUUCGACAGUUUAUACAAGAGUUCACAUUUCGGGGCCUUUUGCCACAUAUAGAGAAAACAAUUAGGCAAUUAAACGAUCAGCUAAUAUCAAGAAAAGGUUUGAGUCGAUCUCUAUUUUCUGCAACUAAAAAAUGGUUUAGUGGCAGUAAAGUUCCAGAAAAGAGCAUUAAUGAGCUGAAAAAUACAUCUGGCUUGCUGUAUCCACCAGAAGCACCAGAACUUCAAAUCAGGAAGAUGGCUGACUUAUGUUUUUUGGUGCAGCAUUAUGAUUUGGCUUACAGUUGCUAUCAUACUGCAAAGAAAGAUUUUCUUAAUGAUCAAGCAAUGCUUUAUGCAGCUGGUGCCUUGGAAAUGGCAGCAGUGUCCGCUUUUCUUCAACCAGGAGCACCUAGGCCAUAUCCUGCUCAUUACAUGGAUACAGCAAUUCAGACAUACAGGGAUAUCUGCAAGAAUAUGGUGUUGGCUGAAAGAUGUGUGUUGCUUAGUGCUGAACUUUUAAAAAGUCAAAGCAAAUAUUCAGAGGCUGCAGCUCUCCUAAUACGGUUGACCAGUGAGGAUUCUGAUCUUCGAAGUGCACUUCUUUUGGAACAGGCGGCACAUUGCUUUAUAAACAUGAAAAGUCCCAUGGUUAGAAAAUACGCAUUUCAUAUGAUAUUGGCAGGCCAUCGAUUUAGUAAAGCAGGGCAGAAAAAGCAUGCUUUACGCUGUUAUUGUCAAGCCAUGCAAGUUUACAAAGGAAAAGGCUGGUCUCUUGCAGAGGAUCACAUUAACUUCACUAUUGGGCGCCAGUCCUAUACUCUUAGACAGCUGGACAAUGCUGUGUCUGCUUUUAGGCAUAUUUUAAUCAAUGAAAGUAAACAAUCUGCUGCUCAACAAGGGGCUUUCCUCAGAGAAUAUCUUUAUGUUUACAAGAAUGUAAGUCAGCUGUCACCAGAUGGUCCUUUGCCACAGCUUCCUUUACCAUAUAUUAACAGUUCAGCAACACGGGUUUUUUUUGGCCAUGACAGACGACCAGCAGAUGGUGAAAAACAAGCAGCUACUCAUGUAAGUCUUGAUCAAGAAUAUGAUUCUGAAUCCUCUCAGCAGUGGCGAGAACUUGAGGAACAAGUUGUUUCUGUGGUUAACAAAGGAGUGAUUCCAUCCAGUUUUCAUCCCACACAAUACUGUUUGAACAGUUACUCAGAUAAUUCAAGAUUUCCACUUGCAGUUGUAGAAGAACCAAUUACAGUGGAAGUGGCUUUUAGAAACCCUUUGAAAGUUCCACUUUUGUUGACUGAUUUGUCAUUACUUUGGAAGUUUCAUCCUAAAGAUUUCAGUGAAAAGGAUAAUGAAGAAGUUAAACAACUAGUUACAAGUGAACCUGAAAUGAUUGGAACUGAAGUUAUUUCAGAGUUCUUAAUUAAUGGCGAAGAAUCAAAAGUGGCAAGACUAAAGCUCUUUCCCCAUCACAUAGGGGAGCUGCAUAUUCUGGGAGUUGUUUAUAAUCUUGGCACUAUUCAGGGCUCUAUGACAGUAGAUGGCAUUGGUGCUCUUCCCGGAUGUCAUACAGGAAAAUAUUCCUUGAGUAUGUCAGUCCGAGGGAAGCAGGAUUUAGAAAUUCAAGGUCCUCGACUUAACAACACAAAAGAAGAGAAAACAUCUGUUAAAUACGGCCCUGAUCGGCGUUUAGAUCCCAUCAUCACAGAAGAAAUGCCACUGUUAGAGGUGUUCUUUAUACAUUUUCCUACAGGGCUCCUCUGUGGAGAAAUCCGAAAAGCAUAUGUAGAAUUUGUCAAUGUCAGCAAAUGUCCACUUACUGGAUUGAAGGUUGUUUCUAAACGUCCAGAGUUCUUUACUUUCGGUGGUAAUACUGCUGUUCUAACACCACUAAGUCCCUCAGCUUCUGAGAAUUGUAGUGCUUACAAGACUGUUGUGACAGAUGCUACCUCUGUGUGUACAGCACUCAUAUCAUCAGCUUCUUCUGUAGACUUUGGCAUUGGCACAGGAAGUCAACCAGAGGUGAUUCCUGUUCCCCUUCCUGACACUGUUCUUCUACCCGGAGCCUCAGUGCAGCUGCCAAUGUGGUUACGUGGGCCUGAUGAAGAAGGUGUCCAUGAAAUUAACUUUUUGUUUUACUAUGAAAGUGUCAAAAAGCAGCCAAAAAUAAGGCACAGAAUAUUAAGACACACUGCGAUUAUUUGUACCAGUCGGUCUUUAAAUGUACGGGCCACUGUCUGUAGAAGUAAUUCUCUUGAAAAUGAAGAAGGCAGAGGAGGCAAUAUGCUAGUCUUUGUGGAUGUGGAAAAUACCAAUACUAGUGAAGCAGGUGUUAAGGAAUUCCAUAUAGUGCAAGUAUCAAGUAGUAGCAAACACUGGAAGUUACAGAAAUCUGUAAAUCUUUCUGAAAACAAAGAUGCUAAACUUGCCAGUAGGGAGAAGGGAAAGUUUUGCUUUAAGGCAAUCAGAUGUGAGAAAAAAGAAGCGGCCACACAGUCCUCUGAAAAAUAUACCUUUGCAGAUAUCAUCUUUGGAAAUGAACAGAUAGUAAGUUCAGCAAGCCCGUGUGCAGACUUCUUUUAUCGAAGUUUAUCUUCUGAAUUGAAAAAAUCACAAGCUCACUUGCCUGUGCAGACAGAAAAACAGUCAACAGAGGAUGCUGUGAGAUUGAUUCAAAAAUGCAGUGAGGUGGAUUUGAAUAUUGUCAUAUUGUGGAAGGCAUACGUUGUGGAAGACAGUAAACAGCUUAUUUUGGAAGGUCAACAUCAUGUUAUUCUUCGCACUAUAGGAAAAGAAGCCUUUUCUUAUCCUCAGAAACAGGAACCACCAGAAAUGGAACUAUUGAAAUUUUUCAGGCCAGAAAACACUACAGUUUCCUCAAGACCAUCAGUAGAGCAGCUUUCUAGUCUCAUUAAAACGAGUCUUCAUUACCCAGAAUCAUUUAAUCAUCCAUUUCAUCAAAAAAGCCUUUGUUUAGUACCAGUCACCCUUUUGCUUUCCAAUUGUUCUAAGGCUGAUGUAGAUGUCAUAGUUGAUCUUCGGCAUAAAACAACAAGUCCAGAAGCACUGGAAAUCCAUGGGUCGUUCACGUGGCUUGGACAAACACAGUAUAAACUUCAACUUAAAAGCCAGGAGAUUCAUAGUCUGCAGCUGAAAGCGUGCUUUGUUCAUACAGGUGUUUAUAACCUUGGAACUCCUAGGGUAUUUGCCAAGUUAUCGGACCAAGUUACAGUGUUUGAAACAAGUCAGCAGAAUUCCAUGCCUGCCCUGAUCAUCAUCAAUAAUGUGUGACUACUUGGACAUUUGUACUGAAAUCCACGAUAAUCAGUUUGUGCUGGAUGGGCUUUACAGCAGUAUUUGAUAUACCUAACUUGUUAUGGAGGUUGAUUGAUAUCUUAUCCCUGCAAAAUACUUUGACUUGUCAUUUUGUUUAUGAUGCAAAGCACGUUGGACUGAGAAUACUUACAUUCUUUUUCUGUAUUUCUUUAAACCCUGAGAAUAAUUUACAUGCUCAUAAUACAGGAUUUCGCCAUAUCUGUGCACCUUAUUAAGCCCCAUCUUAAGAAAACACAAAGUCUAAGUCUGCUGUUACAACUUGUCAAUGGCAUAUAAAUCUUAGAUGAUUCUGAGAAAGGAAAGGCGUUGUUGGCAGUACUCCUGUUAAGCCAUUAGUCUCUAAAUUCCAGCUUUACUGUGAAGUUCUAUAGAGUGUUAAAUACCAAUUUUCCUGUCUUGCUUCACACAGUUCCUUAAAAUCAGUUUUGAACUUUGGUCAUAGAGUCUUCAUAUUUCAGUAUCUGGUGGUCCCUAUGGCUUAUACAUAACUUUGUAAAAAGAAAAAAAAUUUUUUUCUGAUGCUUUGAAUAUAGUUUUGAAAGGAGUUUUGACUUUUUCCCCCUCAUCUCAGUAGAGUGUACUAUUUCACAAUACAAUUUUUGUCAUUAAAAUUAUCAUAUUCUUUAUUAUAUAACGUUAACAAUUGAGUUGAUCUGUUUAAAAUAUAAAUCUCAAUUAAAAAUAAGCUUUUCAAAAAUGUAUUAUAUUUAUAACAAAUGUACUGUAAAUAGAAUAAAGACAUGCUAUUCACUGUAUAGAGUAUCUGUUGAUUAGAAAGUCUGGUUUCAAAAUAACUUUUUAUUCAGAGAAUGGGCAUUUGGACAUAGGAAAUUUCAAUUCAGCCCUGCUGCAGAUAAAGAAAUGGGAGCAAGGGUGUUUCAAAUGAAGCUCUCUUGUAAUUGGAGAAGGAGGGAAGACAGGGUGUAGGGGUGGGUGGCAGGGAGUACAAGAGCCAGGGUCAGCCAAGUCUGGAGCAGAUGGGGUCCUUGUGCCAUUGACAGCUACCAUGGUUUGUUCCAUCUCAAUCCCGGCAUUAAUCAGAGCACACUGCACCAAAGUGGGGAGAGAUCAAAAGACCCCGUUUUCAGACUGAAGAUUCCAAACUUGUACUUGGAACAACUCUUCUUGAGAGAGAGGGGUGGUUAGUCUGUGUGCCUUUCUGCACCUGCUGCUCAUGCUUCUGGAUCUUAAGUAGGUCUCUGGCUUCUCAGCUCCUUCCACUCUGUGUCUUAGCAGGUGUGGGACAAGGUGGAGAGGAAGGUCACAUUCUAAGGACACUCAUUUCCUUCUUGAGAGUUUAGGGCCAUGGGCUUAUAAAAAAGUCUGAGGAGCAAAGGAAAUACAAGAAUGAGAAGGAGGCAUAGUCACAGUAGUGUCUCAUAUUUAAACCACUCAGCUGAAUAUUAAAUUGAACAGAUUGUUAGACACUAAUAAAAAAAAUUAAACUACAUAAACCUACAACUGAAUAUAUUAAAAAUAAAGGUAAUAAAGC